GUGCGCGGAGCGGAGUGUUCCCCGCAUCCCUGUGCCGCCGAUCCCUGGCAUUCCUGCAUCCCGACAUUCCCGCAUCCCGGUGCCGCCGAUCCCGGCCAUUCCCGCAUCCCGGUGCCGCCGAUCCCGGCCAUUCCCGCAUCCCGGUGCCGCCGAUCCCGGCCAUUCCCGCAUCCCGGUGCCGCCGAUCCCCGACAUUCCCGCAUCCCGGUGCUCCCGGUGCCCGCGCUCAUUCCCCGCCCAGCUCGGCUCGCCCAAGGGCAUCGCGGCGCAGACGCGUCCCGGAGCAUCUCCCAGCCGGGGCCGGUGACCUUGGCGAGCUCGGUGCUCUCCAAGCCCCUGGAGCUGAGGAUGGAUGUGAGGAGGGUGAAGGACUACCUGUACUGGCUGUACUACCAGUACCAGCUGGUGACCUGCAGCUAUGUGCUGGAGCCCUGGGAGCAGUCCAUGUUCCACACCAUCACCGUCACCGUGCUGGCCAUGGUGGUGUACACCGCCUACGUCUUCGUGCCCAUCCACGUCCGCCUGGCCUUGCAAUUCUUCUCCCAGAUUUUUGGCCCCCAGCCUGAGAGUGCAGUGCUGAACUGAGCUGGUGCCAGCAGGGCCCAGCAGCUCUGGCAGCUUUGUGAAAUCACCUCUGUGCUGAGGUUUGGCUCUUAGGAAACCCUGCUUGCUUCACCUGUGAGAGCAGAGCGAGGCACUGAGCACAGCCCCUCCUCCACAGACUCUGGGAUGGGACACAGCCCUGCAGCUCCCACUUCAGCCCCUCAUCCAACCAUCACACACUGUUCUGGUGGCUCAAAUCCAGACAAAAAGUGAGGAUAUCCAGCAGGAUUGGAGUGCUCAUGGCUGGUGAUGAGUUCCAGGCUUUAAUGGAUGGGAAGAGAAAGCAACAGGAGGAUGAACUUCAAUCCAGCUUUUAUCACAUCUAAGUUCCUGCACCUGAGCCCACAUGGUCUAAACUAUUUUCUUUUUGAAAAAAUUCUCCACCUCAUCUUGCAGUGAGGAUGGCAGGAAGCUCCAGCCCUGCUCUGUCUCAGUGCCCUCCUGCCUUCUCAGAUGGAAAUCAAAUUUUUCUUGCUGCUCCCACUCACCAAGGCAGCAAAGUGCAAAUCAACACCAGGGGAGGAGGAUCCAGAGAGGAAAUAAUAUUUUAAUACCUGCAGGGAAGGCUUAAAGAGAUCUCCUUUACAAAGAAAUGAGAUUUAUUUCCAUUGCCUGUGGGGAGGUUUUGGAACAAUGGGAGGUUUGUUUGGUUUUCACUCUACACAAAUCAAACCUGGAUGCCAAAUCAUAAAUUACAGCUGCACACUGCACAUCUCACCAGCUGAUGCUCCUGGUAGUAGAAGUGAGAGGUGCAAAAUGUAAAUAGCUUUCAAAUGAUGUUUGCACAGUUCUAGAUUAAAAAAAAAAAAACAAAAAAAAAAAAACCUCUUAACAUCUUUCUUGAGCUGCAGUGGGCUCCUGCAUGCUUCAAAGCUCAAGUUUGUUUGGAAACGAAGACAUGUGGUGAAGGUUGCCCAGAUCUGAACAUGUGUAUGCAGUUUUUCCAGCCCAAAAAAAAUAAAAUUUUAUUCUUCAGAAAUGA